AUGUCUUUAAAAUAUGGUUGUGAAGAAGAUGGAGAGGAGGUCGAGAAGGACUUAAAUCACGAGGAAGUAGAAGUCAAGGAGGAAGAUGAUGAUUUAGAGACGGAUGUUGAGAAGCUGAUGUCCAAACCAGAGCUUGAUCGACCAGAGUCAGAGCUUGAACAGUACCGGGCAAUGUGUUUGGAACUUUCCUGCAACUUUCUGGAGUUAAAAUCUCAGGCUGAAGAUGAAAUGAGCUCUGAGGAUGCGACCGGGACUCCAACGCGCUCCUGUCUCAAUGUGAUUCCAAAGGCUGCCCCUAUAAACCACCAGCCAAAAGGUGGAGAGAGAGACCAAACUGCUAACAGGAAAAAAUUACUCCAGAAGGCUUCCAGAGUUCCAGUGAAGAAUUGUGUGAAGAAGGAAAAACCUUCUCAUGAACCUAGAAAAUUGGCUCCUGAUGAACUGGUGCCUGUGCUGGACCCCUUCCAGGCUCAAGACAAAGCCGAUACAGCCAGUCUGAACCCUCUUGCCAAAGAUGUCUCCUGCAACAUACAAAUUGGCCGGGCCCAUUGCUUAAACUCCUGUGAGCCUGGUCUCCAAGGAGCUGUGGGGGCCUCUGAGGUCAUAAAAAAACUCCUAGAGAGACAUCCAGGGAAUAUUCCUUUCCAUAACCCUCGCCUCUACAUGGCAAAGGCGGGAUGCACCAAAUCCAUUCCAGACUUCAGAGUGCUGGCAUUUCCAGAUUUCUGGGGUCACCAAACUCUUCCCUAUAGUCAGUCUAUACACCAGAGGAGGAUCAGCAUCCCAAAGGCCAAAAUAUUUGAAGACAUCCGCCGCAUCAUCCAGCCCGAUGAUACAAUAGAUCGAGUCAUCUUUAACUUAGAUGGUCCAAGCUGUGAUGCUCCAGAGUGCCUGAAAUUCUUCUCCAAAUUUGAGUCUGGGAACCUCUGCAAGGCCAUCCAGAUGCGGGAGUUUGAAUAUGACCUGAUCCUCAACGCUGAUGUCAACACUUCCCAGCACCAGCAGUGGUUCUACUUUGAGGUCAGCGCCAUGAAGUCAGCCACUCCCUACCGCUUCAACAUCAUCAACUGUGAGAAGCCCAACAGCCAGUUCAACUAUGGCAUGCAGCCGGUCAUGUAUUCAGUGAAGGAAGCUCUCCAGGGCAGGCCUCACUGGAUUCGAGUGGGCUACGAUGUCUGUUAUUACAAAAAUCACUACCAGCGUUGUACGGCGGCUGCUGCUGCAGCAGGCACCAGUGGGAAAUCGUGCUAUACCCUCACUUUCACCGUCGUGUUCCCCCAUAAGGACGAUGUCUGCUACCUGGCCUACCACUACCCUUAUACCUACUCAGGCAUGAUGUCUCAACUUCACAUCCUGGAACAAACCCGGAACCCGAAGAAAACCUUCUUUCAGGAGCAGACCCUGUGCCAGACUCUGGGGGGGAACCCUUGCCCUCUGCUCACCAUCACGGCCAUGCCAGUGUCAGGAAGCAGCGAUGACCUGGAGAAAUUCCGUGACCGUCCUUAUGUGGUGCUAAUGGCCCGUGUCCACCCUGGAGAGAGCAACGCCAGUUGGGUAAUGAAGGGGACCCUGGAGUUCCUCCUGAGCAGUGACCCCAUUGCAGACCUCCUGAGACACUGCUUCAUCUUUAAAAUCAUUCCCAUGCUGAAUCCAGACGGAGUCAUCAAUGGCAACCAGCGAUGCUCCCUAAGUGGAGAUGACUUGAACAGACAGUGGCUGAAGCCCAGCCCGACUCUCCAGCCCACCAUUUACCAUACCAAGGGCCUUCUUUAUUACCUCAGAAGCCUUGGCCGGGCUCCAGUGGUGUUUUGCGACUAUCACGGCCAUUCCCAGAAGAAGAAUGUGUUCCUGUACGGAUGCAGCAUAAAGGAGACUUUGUGGCAGGCCGGAUGCAGCAUCGACACCAGUGUGGUCACGGAGGAUGUGGGCUACAGGACCCUCGCCAAGGUCUUGGAUAAAGUGGCCCCUGCCUUUCUCAUGAGCAGCUGCAACUUCCUGGUGGAGAAGUCCCGUGAAGCCACAGCACGGGUGGUGGUAUGGCGUGAAAUCGGUGUGUUGAGAAGCUACACCAUGGAGAGCACCUUCUGCGGUUGCAGCCACGGCCUCUAUAAGGGAUUCCAGAUUGGCACUGGGGAGCUGGAAGAGAUGGGAGCCAAGUUCUGCCUGGGCCUCCUGGUGUUGCAGCUGAAAUCUCUGCCGUGCAGGAAGGAAGUGAUGGCUCAAGCAGCGUCUCUGCUGGACGUGGAAGAGGAAAUCGCAGAUCUCCGGACACAAAGGUCAGAGUCCCAACUGGUUUCCUGCUUGUUUUGCGAGGCGGACCCUCCUUCCAUUUUCUGUGGGUAA